GAAUUGAACUUGAUUUCUGAAGAUUAUCUCAAGACUCAACCUACCUUUUGGGAUUUACAUUGGGGUGCUGAGGCCAAUUUUAGGGUCAAAGGUUUGCCAGUAAUUGAAACAAGAGUGCUUUCUAAGCAGGCUGUAGAUCCAUCAGACUAGAUCCGUUUAAAUGUGAAGGAAAUUGAUUCUAUAAUCUAGCAACAAUAAGUUAAAACAGAUGAGAUGAGAAUGAAUACACUUACUAAAUUCAUCUGAUCGGAGAGAGAGGUCAGUCUAAUAUGUUUGAUAUGAAAGUUCCUCAAGUAUCAACUCACUACCAGUAAUCUGAUUUAUUUAUUUUUAAAAGUUUGAAGUCUGAGUAUGGGCUUGGUUUCUACAACAAACAUAUUUCCACUCCCAGUAACCAAACUUUGAGCUCCUAUAAAGUUGACCCAAGGGAACAAACCUUAACUCUUAUAAGUCAGAAAAGAGAAGCAGUGUUUCCAUUUCAGUUGCUCUCCUCUGAACAAAGCUUGUUGAAGUAGAAAAGACUUGUGAACAGUGAAGCAAGUAGAUGGAUCUUUUCAAUCCAGCUCUUGAGGAAAACAUCACCUUUGUCCGUCCUGCGUAUUUUAUUAUAGCAGGUUUUAUUGGCAUUCCUAAUGUGAACUUCUACUUUGUCUUUCUGUUGUUUGUUUAUGUUCUUUCAGUGGUAGGAAAUGGAACUGUGCUGACUCUCAUAAUUAUGGAUCAUACUCUGAAAGGUCCGAAAUAUGUUGCAGUUUUCAGUCUUGCUCUAACUGACAUCUUAAGCAGUACAGCUUUUUUACCAAAAAUCAUUGACAUGUUCCUGUUUGAUCGUCGCUAUAUUUCGUACAAUGAAUGCUUGACCUUCAUGUUUUUUGGCUUCACACUACUUGCAAUGCAAUGUUUUAACCUGGUUGCACUGUCUUAUGAUAGACUGAUUGCCAUCAUGUACCCUCUGCACUACCAAGUGAAAGUGACCCAAAGGUUUAUGAUCAAUUUGAUCGCUUUUUUGUGGAUUUUUACCAUCACUCUUAUCCUCAUUGCUGUUGGCUUCAUCACAAGAUUGUCAUUCUGUAAGUCUGUGGUUAUUAACAGCUACUUCUGUGACCAUGGCCCUGUGUACAGACUUGGCUGUAAUGAUGUUUCCCCCAGCUUUGCAAUUGGUAUUUUGUUUACAGUUAUCAUGCUUUGGAUUCCUCUAGCAUUUAUCCUAGCAACUUACUGCUGUAUUGUUUAUGCUUUAUCAAAAAUUUCAACAGCGCAGGAACGAAGAAAGGCUUUUAAGACUUGCACAGGACAUCUUUCAUUAGUGACCAUUUAUUUUCUCCCCAUUACUCUUGUUUUUGGAAUCGGAAGCAAAAUGCAUCCUAAUGCCAGGAUCAUAAACUUGUCGCUGACUACUAUAAUUCCACCAAUGCUGAAUCCCAUCAUUUAUGUUUUUCAGACACAGGAAAUAAAACAAGCUUUGAACAAGUUCAUAAAAAAAACAAGGCGGUAAAAAAUUGGAUGGAAAUUUUUAAUCUAUCCAGCAGCCAAAUUGUAUGACUGCUGAGCAUAAAAACUGAGCAGAGCAAACACAAACAGGGUUUAUUUUAAUCUUAGGUAGAUACACAAUGUUUAACUGUGAAAUAAAAUAAAAAUAUUAUAAUAAAAUGUCGGGAAUGUUGGACUUAAAUGUAUAAGAUAGAUAAUUAAACUAUUUUUGUCUGUAAAGUCACACUAACAGCCUAAACAAUGACAUUAGAUUGUUUAUUAGAGAGGUUAUUUUUUUACAGUAGCUAGCCUUCAGCAGUCAAUAUGAUCAACAGACUGUAAAUGCAAAAAUGGUGGAUUAAGCAAAUUAUUUUUAAUGUGUUUAUGCUUGAUCAUCUGAUCAAAAGUGUAAAGGGCUGUGUAAGUAAUAUGUGACCACCAUAACAAUAAAAACAUCCAUCCAUUUUCUAACACCCUUGUCCCUAGUGGGGUCAGGAGGGUUGCUGGUGCCUCUCCAGCUAACGUUCUGGGCGAG